CCAGGCCCAGCCACGCCGCCUCCUCCUUUUGCUGCUGCUGCCGUUGCUUCCCAAUCUCGGUUCGCCUCUUCACUUCGAUCCGGCGCCGGAUCCAUCUUUUGCCGGAGAGAGAAGGGAAGGUGAUACGCCAUGGAGGUUGCCUUCUCCUCGCUGCGCUCAAUCCCUGCCGAUGCCAGUCGCGUUGUGUCCGUUUCUCCCACAUCGUCGUGGAGCAGCGGCAGGACAGCGCCGAGGGGCUCCGCCUCCUUUUCUUCCGCUCCCUCGAGGCCUUCUUCCCUGAGUUGCGGCGUCGUCGCUACUCCUUUCCUCGGUGUCGGGAGCGUCCAUAGCGACUUCAACGGAAUAAGGGUUCCCUCCCUGAAGCUGCCUACUCUAUCCUACGGUCGCCGCCCAAAGAGUGGUGUCGUUACCAUGGUCAUUCCUUUCUUGAGAGGAACAGCAUGGGAGCAACCGCCUCCCGAUCUAGCUUCUUACUUGUAUAAAAAUCGAAUUGUAUAUUUGGGCAUGUGUCUUGUUCCAGCAGUGACAGAGUUAAUGAUGGCAGAGUUCCUAUAUCUUCAAUAUGAGGAUGCUAAGAAGCCAAUAUACCUAUACAUUAAUUCUACUGGUACAACGAAAGGUGGAGAAAAGUCGGGUUAUGAAACAGAGGCCUUUGCAAUUUAUGAUGUCAUGAGGUAUAUUAAAACUCCAAUAUUCACACUGUGCAUUGGCAAUGCUUGGGGAGAAGCUGCACUACUCUUGGCUGCUGGUGCUAAAGGAAACCGUGCUGCUUUACCAUCAUCAACAAUAAUGAUAAGGCAGCCAAUUGCAAGAUUUCAAGGUCAAGCGUCAGAUGUUGACAUUGCAAGAAAAGAAAUAAGCAAUGUGAAGGCUGAAUUGGUUGCUCUAUACUCGAGACAUAUUGGAAAAUCCCAGGAUCAGAUCGAGGAAGAUAUCAGACGUCCUAAAUAUUUCAGUCCUAGUGAAGCAGUCGAAUAUGGGAUCAUUGAUAAGGUAUUGUACAACGAAAAAGGUCCGGAAGAUCGAAGUGUUAUCUCUGAUCUUAAAAGAGGACAACUCGCCGAGACUGUUUAAUGCUAAUGGCUUAUAACAAAAAUGUCAGAUUACAUUUUGUGAUUAUUGUAGAAAUGCAAGCUGCAUCCUUAUUUAUUUAUUUGUUUAUUUAAAAAAAAAAUUAAUACUUUAUGCAUGGCUUGCUGUAACUUAAAUUAAGCGAAGUUUAUUAUCAUUGCUAUUGUGAAAAUGUCUAUGAGAAAUGUCAUGCUGCAA